UUGGCCCAUUCAGUUAGAAGAAGGGAAGGAUCCGUAGUAGCAGACGGAACUGAAAGGAAGCAGAGACAGAGGCAUAAUAGGGAGUAAGGCAUCAAGAGGAGGCAGGCAUACAUGCAGUACAGUGUGAGUAUGUGUUGUUUCUAACAGUAUAGUAGGAGGAGAGGAGGAACAGGAGAGGGAGGAGGAAGGGGUGCUUCCUUUCGGUCUGGGCUGAGCUGCUGAUGUAUCCCGUCAGCCUCAGUCCGUAGCAACAGGAAACCUUGGUAUAUAAGCGGUGUUGCAGGGGGAACCCUCCUAAGUGUCUCUCAGCCGCAGCAUGAGCAGGACUGAAAGCCUGCGUGUGUGGACCUAACAAAACAAUGCCCAGCCUAAUCAACACACAGCACUUCAUCAUGGACAGAGAUGACAGGAAGAGAAACAAGAACAUUGGAAAGAACUUUAUGUGCCGACUCCAGUGCAUGUUCUCACACUCAUCAAGCUCUGAGAGCAGACUAAGUUUAGAAGAGACCCAACAAUGGUCACAGUCACUGGAAAAGCUUCUCGAGUCUAAAUAUGGGCUGGCCACCUUUCGUAACUUUCUCAAAUCUGAAUACAGCGAUGAGAAUAUUGAGUUCUGGCUCAACUGUGAGGACUACAAGAAGAUCAAGUCUUCGUAUAGAAUGUCCUCAAGAGCCAAGAAGAUAUAUGAGCAGUUCAUCAAAGCAGAAUCUCCUAAAGAAAUCAACAUUGACUAUUACACCCGAGAGCAGAUCAAAAGGAACGUUAAAUCUCCCACUAUGCACUGUUUUGACGAUGCUCAGAAGAUAGUUUACGGGUUGAUGGAAAGAGACUCGUACCCACGGUUCCUCCGCUCAGACGUCUAUAGAACUCUCCUGGAAAACCUUGCUGCUGAUGCCAUAAAGGGAUGAAAGCACGGUCGGGGGACAGAGAAAGUACUUAAAAUCCCAUAACUGGAACAUUUGAACUACUUCAGGAGGAAUGACUGACAGCAAAGAAGGAGGGAAGGUGAACCUGCACAGCACAAAGACAUACAAAGGCCUAACACCUCAGCAUCAUCACUAGACCCAGAAGCAAAUAGUACCUCAGUCCUGCUGGUGGAUCCCCACAGUGCAAAUGACACAGCUGAGGACAGUGUUACAAAAAGAAGAUGUACAUGACCCUGUAGUGACCCCAUACGUUUGUAUUACCUGCCAAAGUGACUCUGAUCCAAUUCCACUGGAUGAUACAAUGUGUACAUAUGGGUGAACUGAGCACAUUGACAAUGAACGCAUCACUCUGACUGUGGAGCUCCGUAAGCAAACCGUGCAACAGACCUCCUUUGGCCUUCUUUGCAAAGGUGCAAAUGACACAGCUGAGGACAAUGUUACAAAAAAAGAUGUACAUGACCCUGUAGUGACCCCAUACGUUUGUAUUACCUGCCAAAGUGACUCUGAUCCAAUUCCACUGGAUGAUACAAUGUGUACAUAUGGGUGAACUGAGCACAUUGACAAUGAACGCAUCACUCUGACUGUGGAGCUCCGUAAGCAAACCGUGCAACAGACCUCCUUUGGCCUUCUUUGCAGAGGUGUUUCCUGUGCAGAUUAAGAUAGAGGAUGUAAGAUGCAACAGUCAUACUCAAUUAGGUGUGUGUGUGUGUGUGUGUGUGUGUGUGUGUGUGUGUGCAUGUAUGAGUGUACAACUGUAUUUAGUUAUAGAGUUUAACUGCCACUUAGAAUAAGCUGUUGCAAAAAGCGCUGACCAACUAACUGACAGCACUAAAGCUACGUUCACGUUACCUGCCAAAGUGACUCAAAUCAGAUUUUUUGCCCUCCAAGUAACUCAGAUCGGAUCUUUUCAUGGAUGUGUGAACAAACCAUAUUUGAUUUUUCAGAUCAGAUCUGGGCCACUUGCAUAUGUGCUCUGAUUCACAUCCGAUCUCUGACUCUGUGAGCACUGUCAGAACAAUCAGAUCGGAAUUCAUGUGUUUUUCAACGUCUCCCCCAACGUCCAUCGCAGUGCAGAGAUCAAGAUGUUUCACAUUUACUGGACACUGAUAGAGAAGAUCUGAUCAAAACAAACUGGAAGGAGUAUGUUGUAACUGAGCAGCUUUGGAGGGAACGGCACAAAUAACAUUAUUUAGGACUUCAGCCGUGUUCAAAUUAGAGCUGGAUAGAUGUAAUUUAAAAACAUGAAUAUAAACCAGCAACACAAAAAGACUGGAACUGAGUAGUGAGGCCUGUAAUGUAAACGUAGUUUAAGAUAACUCCAUGGUGGACUAAUAUGUAGAACCAUUCUGGGACACUUUAAAAAUACUUUUUUCUUUUAAGCUUGGAACAUACAUGGUUUCUUUUUAAGUUGGCUAUAGGAGAUAUUUUGUACCAAUAGUUAAAAUCUUUAUGGCUGAUAAACAACAAAAAAUUAAAUCAGUUUUUUAAAAAAUAAGAAUACAGGAUGAUUAUAUUUUUAGUGACAACAAAACCUAAUCAUCCAUAUUUUUGUGUGGAAUGUGAACCAAAGUCUGCACUACAGUGGAGACCCAUUCCUCAGCCCUUGACUGCAGGCCAAUAUCUAAACCAGAUUCCUGCACUGAAGUGUCGGCAGUUGUGACUUUAUGUAAUAAACUAUUUGAGUGGAAACGGAAUAGAAAUAGGAUGCUUCACAUUGCAUGAUAGGAUGUUAAAACGUCUUGUAUACCCUGGGGAUAAGCCUAAUUACUGCUUUCCAAAGCAUGUUGUUUGAAUGUAUUCUUAGGGAGCUAAUAGUUAAGAUAAAAGUUAAACAUAGGAUUAUUUAUUGUUAACUGUCACCAUCUGAGUACAAAGACUGUUGGAGUUUUGAAGUGCCUGUAAAUGUUAGUGAUCUGAAUGACAUUAAAUUAUUUAAAUUGCCUACCUGGAAGUGAACAUUUUUAGUAGCAAACUAGAGUUUAGUUUCAUUUCACUCAUGACUUUUCAUGUUGUGCUCUGUGCUUCGAUUUCAGUCUCUUGGUCUGUUUAAAGACGCCAGCAACACACUGCCAGAGAGAAGCAGCUUAAAAUAUUGCAUUAGAAAAUUAAUGGGAUGUUUGCAUAAUGAUUGUUAUAUGUUUAAAAGCAAUACUCCAUCACAUAAGCAUGGAAACAUUAGGGCUGUGCCAAGUUCUGCUGGGCUGAAGACUUAUUUUCACUGUUGUGGAGAUACAGUGCACUUGUUGUCAAGAUUUUA